AAGUAUUACAAUUAAGAACAUGGAUAGUAACAUUCUGUGCUUGUUCCAGCCCAAUGUAAAGCUCUGGUAGGGAUGCCGAAACAAAUCAUGAACUCAACCCUUGAGCAGCCCGAGCUUUGAGCAUUGCUGCGAAUUAAACAAAGCUCUGCAAAAUAUGUUGCCAUGUCGAUCACUCCGAAAUUUGGACCACACUAGCACAGUGUGCGUUCACGAAAGCCUGUUGAAGCCAUCCCGUUUCAGAGAUCUGAAUUGUAGCAGGCCUGCAUUCACGCGUCAAAGACUGCACAGAUCUGCAUCGUAUCGUGAUACCAGAUGCACAGCCGCCCCAGCCAAGCCUAUCGAUGGACAAGGCAUACAAAAGAGUGGGGAGGGGCCACUCGGUUUCCAGGAGUGGGCCCUCCAAUCAGGCAUCACCAGUCCAUCAUUGAGGCUUGCCGAGUUUGCAGGCUUGAGGGGCAUGGCGGCGGCUGACAAUAUAGCAAAGGGGGAGGUUCUGGUGUCCCUGCCAGUGGCAGCGGCUUUGGUGGUCAGCCCCAAGGAGCGAUCACAGCUGCCUGGCACCUUCUGCAGCUCUGCUUUCUACUCCAAGAAGCCCUGGUAUGUGCAGAUGGCGCUGAAUUUGCUGUAUGAGAGGCAGCUGGGGCCGGCUUCCAAACUUGCACCAUAUGUUGCAGCAUUGCCAGUAGACUUCAGCACGCCGCUGUCAUGGAGUGAGGCACAGCUGCAAGCCCUGUGCUAUCCCCAGCUCAUACGAGAGGUGGCAACUCAGAGGGAGGGCCUGAAGAGGCUGCAUGCUGAGCUGGCGGUAUCCACCCCUGGCACACCCAUCACCGAGCAGGACCUGAUCUGGGCGCUGCAGGCUGUGCGCAGCCGUGCAUUCAGCGGGCCCUAUGCCGGGCCAACUUGGCGCAGCCGAUUGAAAACCUUUGGAGCUCUGGGCGCUCUGGCAGCUGCAUCCAUCACCGUGGCGCAUGUGUUGAAUGGGGCGAUUGCUGCCGCGCUGUUCAACUUGCUGUAUGAUGUGGUACUUUCCCAGAAGGUCAAGUGGUACGCCAUGUGCCCUGUCGUGGACUUCCUGAACCACAAGAGCACCGUUCAGAGCGAGGUGGAGUAUGAGUACUUUGCGGAUCGUUUCUCUGUGCGGUGUCAAAGCUACUUCAGCAAGGGGGAGCAGGUCUUCAUCAGUUAUGGGAAGCAGAGCAAUGACUCAUUGUUGCAGUACUAUGGUUUUGUGGAGCCUGGCAUUCCCCAUGACACAUACACCAUCCCAGACCUGAGGGCGGCAGCUCUGGCAUUGAGUGACACCAGCAAAGUUCCUGGGAUUGCAGGAUUGCCACAGUCAUCAAAGGGCAUUCUCACGCGCACUGGGCCUGACAGCUAUACAGAGGAUCAGCUGAAGGCAACACAGCUCUCCAAGGGGCAGAUCAACAAGAGGAAGACAGGGGAGUGUUUCGGGCUGAAUGGAGCCAUCUUCCUGGGCAGUAUAUUGCUGUGGGAUUAUGCCCUCGCUCCAGGCAUGCGAUGGAUGCUGACAGGGCUGCGCAGCUGGGCGGGUCCCACUGGGGCAGAAGCCCUUCUGGCGCUGCUGAAGGCCACCUUCGUGGUGUGGUGGCUCCUGCCGGUCUACUGCAUCAGCUUCGCACUCAGCUGCGUCUGGUACCAGGAGUUGGCUGAGCUGGCGGUGAGGUGGAUGCGCGGUUCGGGCGGCCAGGCGGCAGGUGCCCCGGCCGCUUCCCAGGCAGCUUCCCGGCAGCGCGCGCCACUGCUGGACCAGAUGGCGCAGGAGCUCUACCGAGUCGUUCUCUUCGCGGUCUUCUACCUCCAAGUCUGCCUGCUCGGCCUCGUGCCCUAUGUCGGGCCGGCGCUGUACGGUGUGAUGGUGUCGUGGCUGUAUGCGCUGUACAGCUUUGACUACCGCUGGAGCAUCAGCAGCAAGCGCCUGCCCGAGCGCAUCGCCUUCUUCCAACAGCACUGGGCCUUCUUCCUCGGGUUUGGCUGCGUGUGCACGAUAGCGACGUGCCUGUGGUCGUUCUUCAUCCAGGCGGCUGUGAUGGCCAUGGUCUACCCGCUCUUCAUCCUCGUCGCCUGCAAGUCCGAGCCCCUGCGCACCUACCAGCGAGUGGUGGAGCGGGAGAGGGCGGCAGGGCGGGAGGUGUCAGUAAUGCCGCUGCCCAUUUUCUCAGCAGCUACCACAGCCACCAGCUUCAUCCUUGCACACUUCUUCACCGUGCUGCAGGUGCCUGGAUGGCUGUUGCGCAACAGAAUGCUGCUGCUGGGUGGCCUCGCAAUUCUGCUAGUGGGCUUUGGCCUGUACACUGUAGCAGCAUAGACGACCCCUGUCAUUCUUAAAUUGUUGGAAGUGGCUACGGACCGUGUAAAGUACGGUAUCUGCCGCAAUAUGGCCACAGCUCCGCAGGCAAGCACCAAAGGGAGAAUUUGUGUGCACAUGCGCUGAACACCUUAAAGCAGGAUGCUUAGCCUUUCUUGAGACCUCCGUCUGUCUAUAUGCUGCCCUGGGGAACUUUUGGAUAAAUGUUUGGAAACUGACUUGGAACCCUGUGAAUGAGCGCUCAUCAAAGUUAUAGCUGUUGGAUCUGGUUGCAAAGAUUUUGUGGGCUUGAAGCGGGUCCUUAGAGCUUUCUUUUUGUUCACACAUCUGAUUAUUGCGUUGCGUUGAUGUGGAGCGUCUCAGACUU